CAGAAAUUUACUGCGCAGUUAAUGGAACUAAGGCUAAGGAAAAUUCUCCUAUCAUCGUGUUUCGCCAUUUGCCUCGCCUAUGUAAUCCACCAACAUUUCUCACAGACAUCGGAUCCACGUGUAUAUCAUGUGACACCACCAUCACUCGAGUUGGACGACCACCUAAUUUCAAACGACAAGUACAGUAAAGUCGACAAGAUUCAUUUACAAUCGUACACCGGCCCUGAAAGCUUCGCUUUUUACAAUGGCUCUCUGUACACCACUGUGAUGGAAGGUAAAAUAUUGAAAAUAAACGAUGCUGGAAUUACUGUUCAUGUAACACUUGCCUCACCCGACUGCACUAAUUCUCAUCAGUGCAGUAGACCGUUAGGUUUGAGAAUGUUGAAGAAUUCAAGACACCUACUUGUGACUGAUGCAUACAUGGGUGUAUAUUCUGUAUCCUUGAAAGACGGUGGUGUUCAGAAGUUGUUUCCUUUGAAGGAUGAUUACAAAUUUACAUUUUUCGAUGAUUCAUUUCUCCUUCCGAAUGGUAGUGUUUUUAUCACUGAAGCUAGUACAAAUUACACUAUACAUGAAUUGUGGUCAGCGCUUUUGGAGGGAUUGCCUAGUGGAAGAUUGAUUAUGGCCGACACAAACACGGGUAAACACAGUGUGAUACUCGACAAUUUACGUUUUCCCAAUGGAAUCGAGCUUCAUCGUGAUGGUAAAUCUAUCCUGGUCGCUGAAACAGUGAAGUUUCGCAUAUUACGAGUGCCACUAGAUGGUGGUGAAGUUACCGUGUUCAUAGAUGGUUUACCAGGUUUUCCAGAUAAUAUAAGAGCUAGUCCACGUGGGGGUUACUGGGUUCCUGUUCAAGGUUUGCCUAAUUCACCAGUGAUGGCAUAUCUCUUCAAGCAUCUACCAGUUUGGCCUAACGUUCGUUAUCUUUUCUCCAAGCUCAUGUCCCUCUUUCCAUCUAUCUCUACUGGUGGGUCUGGACCGUCAAUAUUACUUCGUCUAGAUGAUGAUGGAAAUAUAGCAGAGAUAUGGAAAGAUCUUCAUAAUGAACUGCCUAGUGUCAGUGAGGUACUAGAAUACAAUGACACACUUUACACGGGAAGCUUCUACUUACCCUAUAUUGGUCGCUUGAAAAGACUGUCAAAUUAGCGGACAAUCAAAAUUCCCGUAGAAUACUUUGUUUUCCUGAGAGACAAACAUCAAUGACUGAAUGUGCCUAAACAGAUCUAUUUAUAUUAUUCAGUAAAUUAUUCACAAUUAUAAACUUGUGCAUUAAUGUUUCGAUAUGGAAAGUAAUCUGUACUUUCGGAAACAUCAUUUCUACUCAGUUGAUUUUGGAAGUGAUAAAAAUGUUUAUUUGUUGUUCAAACACUUUUCAGAAUAGUUUGUAGUUUGUGAAAUGCACUCAUGACUUUUGUGUAAACAGAUGCCCCUUGUUCAUUUUCUAUUUGAUGUAAGUUUAUUCACUAAUAAAAGUGUCUUUUGUCUUCUAAACUAUCACACCAAUGUACUGAAUGGCUUUUGUUAAUAAAAAGAUUCUUGACUGUUUCAGUGAAACACAUCACUG